UCGAUGCCAACUCAGCUACCCUAUAGGACAGGAUAGACCUGCCCUUGUGGGUGUCCUGGGCUGCAGUCAUUACAGAGCAGGCUGCCUCCUCUUUGUCCCGCUGAACAGCUGAUGGGUUGAAACCACCAACUGUUCACUUAGCAACCCAGCACUUGACUUAAGAGCUGUCAAGAUGUCUGCCAAGAACCCUGUAGCUGCCAGAGCUGCACUUAUUGAGCAACUCAUGGCUAACAGGAAUUUUGAGGAUCUUGGCAACCACCUGACUGAACUAGAAAUGAUGCAUGUGACUCAGGAGCACCUCCAGGAGACCAGUGUGGCCAGAGCUGUGUACAGAGUCCUCAAGCACUGCCCCUCGGGGCCACUGAAGAAGAAAGCCAAGGGUCUGCUGUCUCAGUGGAAAGCCCUUUAUAAAACAACUCGCUUCCAGCCAAUGGACAGCCCUCAGCUAUUCCCCACAAGUGAUAGGAAGGAAGAGGAGUCAGGGUUUUCUCGUGACCCAAGUCAGGAUGAGAUCUUGGUCAGCUCCAGGUCUGGUUCUCAGCUCUCACCCCGAGAUGUUGUGAAAGCCUUUGAAACGACUGUGCCGGCAAAUAGUUCUGUUCACAUGAUGCCUAUGGAAGGACAUGCUAGUGGCUGUGCCCCUACACUCACUGGCAAGGAACCCAGGGAGUCACUGGGCCCCACACUGCCUGUGAGAACCAAAUGCAUAGAGCUUCUGUACAAAGCUCUAACUAGAUCUACGGCCGACCCACCAAAAGCUGCUGUGUGGCAAAACUUUGCAAGAGAAAUUGAAGAGCACAUUUUUGCCCUUCAUUCGGGGAACCUCAAAAAAUACAAAACGUGUAUCAGGAGCAAAGUUUCCAACCUGAAGAACCCCAGAAACUCUCAUUUGCAACACAACUUGCUCUCUGGGACCAUGUCCCCAAGGGAAUUUGCUGCAAUGACAGCCCUGGAAAUGGCCAGCCAGGAGCUGAAGGCCCUGAGAGCUGCCUACACAGAAUCUUCUAUCCAGGAACACCGCCUUCCCCAAGGACCUGAUGGCACACCAACAAAUAAAAUCAAAUGCAGACGCUGUGAGAAAUACAACUGCAAGGUCACUGUAAUUGCCCGGGGGACCCUUUUCCUUCCAAGUUGGGUGAGGAAUUGCAACCCCGAUGAACAGAUGAUGACCUAUGUGAUCUGUAAUGAAUGUGGAGAGCAGUGGUACCACAGCAAGUGGGUGUGUUUCUAAGGGUCAUGAAACGUUCCUUCAGAGAACAUUGCCCUCCAACGCUUUACAGAAGCAGAUUGCUACAUCUCCCUCCUGCAGAGGGGCUGGUGUGUUAACACCCCUGACCUUUUAGUUGACAGCCUAGUGCUUUAACCACUGUGCCACCAGGGCACCUUAGCAGAAGAACAUCUACCAUAUAAUCCCAUUCGCGCCAAAAACAGUUUAAAACAUGCACACACAAAAAGUUCCUCAAAUAAAUGUUCCUUUAGCAACA